CACCAUUCUCUCACUUCACUCCACAGACCAACCCACCUCACUAGUCUACUCCUCCAUUCUCUCUCCUCUCCCCCAACAAUGUCUUCCCUCUCUCGCCUCUUCCACCGCACCUUCUCCACUGGCACCACCACUCCAAACCUCAUCUCCCCUUCCAAUGACCUCUACAAAGAACGCAACCUCAAACGCCUCGUCCAGAAAUUUAAAGCCCACUCCGAAUCCGACCGUUUUCGAACCAAAACCGGCAUUUAUGAGUCCACAGUUCGCCGUCUCGCCAACGCCAAACGCUUCAGAUGGAUCGAAGAAAUCCUCGAACACCAAAAGAAUUACAAAAAGGACAUCUCCAAAGAAGGCUUCGCGGUCAGACUCAUUUCGUUGUAUGGAAAGUCGGGCAUGUUUGAUAAUGCGUGUAAAGUGUUCGACGAAAUGCCUGAAUUGCAAUGUGAUCGAACUGUGAAAUCGCUAAAUGCACUUUUGGGGGCCUGUGUAAACGCGAGGAAAUUCGAAAAGGUUGAUGGUUUGUUUAAGGAAUUGCCGGGGAAGUUGAAGGUUAAGCCCGACGCAGUUUCGUAUAAUACGCUGAUCAAGGCAUUUUGUGAGAUGGGUUCGUUGGAUUCCGCAUUGACGACGGUUGAUGAGAUGGAGAAAAAUGGGCUGAACCCGGAUUUGAUUACGUUUAAUACCUUACUUGACGCGUUCUAUGGGAAUAAUAGGUUUUCCGAUGGUGAAACAUUGUGGGGUCGAAUGAUGGAAAAGAAUGUUGUUCCGGAUAUUCUGAGUUAUAAUGCAAAGUUAGUUGGAUUGGUUUCCGCGAAGAAAAUGCUGGAAGCAGUUGAGUUAUUUAAAAAAUUGGGGACUGAGGGACUAAAAGCUGAUGUUUUUAGUUAUAAUGCAUUGAUUAAAGGGUAUUGUCAUGAGGGGGAUUUGGAGGAAGCUAAGAGGUGGUAUGGAGAGCUGGUUAAAAGUGGAAGGGCCCCAAAUAGGGGAACUUUUGUGACGCUUGUUCCAUUUGUUUGUGAGAAGGGUGAUUUUAAUUGGGCUUUUGAGUUGUGCAAGGAGAUAUUCAUUGUGAAGUGUCUUGUUGAUGUGUCAUUGUUGCAAAGCGUGGUAGAUAUGUUGGUUAAGGAGUCAAAGAUUGAAGAAGCUAUGGAGCUUGUGCAGCUUGGGAAGUCAAAUAGUUACUCUCAUUAUAAACUAGAAAUGCCUUCAGGCAAGUAGUGCAACCACAUGUAUUUUCUUUCUUUUGCUGAGAUGUUGUAGGUUGGAGGUUUUUGUGCUAGUUUGCAGAUGUCAUUGCUGCCGAUGUUGAAUGAAUGAAUGCUAAAGAAGCAAGGAAUUUUAUGAGGUCGAGUUGGAGCGAUUUGUUUCUUUUUUUAUUACUUUAGAUCCCUCAAAUGCCAUUAGACAAGCUCUCUAACCAACCUCUCGUUUUUUUAUUGCUAUUCUGUUGUAGUCCUUAUGGACCAUUUAUGCGUUAAUCCAAAUGAAUGCUUCUUUUGACAAUUGAU